AGAGUCCAGUUAGGGCUGCAUCUCCUCUUGCCGUUGCUCCACGUCGGCCGCUCCGCUCAGCCUCGUGUCCCGCGCCCCGGCCUCCGCCGCCGCCCGCGGCCCAGUCUCCAUCCCCGCGCAGCCCCGGCCUUCCCGCCGAUCGUGCCCGUCGCAGCCAUGUCCAAGGAGCCGCGGACUGGGCGGGAGGAGAUCGUGGAGUGCCAGGUGAUGUGGGAGCCUGACAGCAAGAAGAACACGCAGAUGGACCGCUUCCGGGCGGUCGUGGGCGCCGCCUACGGCCUGGCGCUGGAAAACUAUGAUGACUUAUAUCAUUGGUCAGUUGAGUCAUAUUCGGACUUCUGGGCAGAGUUCUGGAAAUUCAGUGGAAUUGUCUUCUCACGCAUGUAUGAUGAGGUCGUGGACACGUCCAAAGGGAUUGCGGACGUCCCUGAGUGGUUCAAAGGCAGUCGCCUCAACUAUGCGGAAAACCUCCUACAACAUGGGGAAAAUGACGGAGUGGCCCUUUACGUGGCACGGGAAGGCAGGGAGGAGAUCGUGAAGGUGAGUUUUGCAGAGCUGCGGCAACAGGUGGCUUUGUACGCCGCGGCGAUGAGGAAGAUGGGCGUGAGGAGCGGAGACCGGGUCGUCGGUUAUUUACCCAACAGCGCGCACGCUGUGGAGGCCAUGCUGGCGGCCACGAGCAUCGGCGCCAUCUGGAGCUCCACGUCCCCAGACUUCGGCGUGAACGGCGUUCUGGACCGGUUUUCUCAGAUUCAGCCAAAGCUCAUCUUCUCUGUGGAGGCCGUCGUGUACAAUGGCAAAGAGCACGACCACAUGGACAAGCUGCAGCAGGUCGUUAAAGGACUAGCAGACCUGAAAAAAGUGGUGGUGAUUCCUUACGUUUCCUCCAGAGAGAAGAUAGACAUUUCCAAGAUUCCAAACAGCGUGUUCCUGGAGGACUUCCUGGCCACUGGGCGAGGCGCGCAGGCCCCGCAGAUGGAGUUUGAGCAGCUGCCCUCCAGCCACCCGCUUUUCAUCAUGUUCUCGUCGGGCACGACCGGAGCGCCCAAGUGCAUGGUGCACUCGGCCGGGGGAACCCUCAUCCAGCACCUGAAGGAGCACAUUCUUCACGGCAACAUGAGCAGCAGUGACAUCAUCCUGUACUACACCACGGUCGGCUGGAUGAUGUGGAACUGGAUGGUAUCCGCUCUUGCCACGGGGGCGGCCGUGGUCCUAUACGACGGCUCCCCGCUGGUGCCCACCCCCAAUGUGCUCUGGGACCUGGUCGACAGGAUCGGCAUCACCAUCCUUGGAACGGGCGCGAAGUGGCUGUCAGUGCUGGAAGAGAAAGACGUGAAGCCAGUGGAAACUCACAGUCUCCAGACGCUGCACACGAUCCUGUCCACCGGCUCACCACUGAAAGCCCAGAGCUACGACUAUGUCUACAGAUGCAUCAAGAGCAGCGUCCUCCUGGGCUCCAUCUCAGGUGGCACCGACAUCAUAUCUUGCUUCGUGGGCCAGAAUCCUUCCAUUCCUGUGUACAGAGGGGAGAUUCAGGCCCGGAACCUGGGCAUGGCCGUGGAGGUGUGGAACGAGGAAGGAAAGGCAGUCUGGGGGGAGAGCGGUGAACUGGUGUGUACCAAGCCGCUCCCCUGUCAGCCCACGCACUUCUGGAACGACGAGAACGGGAGCAAGUACCGGAAGGCGUAUUUCUCCAAAUUCCCAGGUGUCUGGGUGCACGGCGACUACUGCAGAAUCAACCCCAAGACCAGGGGCGUCGUCAUGCUGGGCCGAAGCGACAGUACACUCAACCCCAACGGAGUGCGAUUCGGCAGCUCGGAAAUCUAUAACAUCGUGGAGGCCUUCAAGGAGGUCCUGGACAGCCUGUGUGUCCCCCAGUACAACAAGGACGGGCAGGAGAGGGUGAUCCUCUUCCUGAAGAUGGCUUCCGGCCACACCUUCCAGCCCGACCUGGUGAAGAGGAUCUGCAGCGCCAUCCGCCUGGGCCUGUCCGCCCGGCACGUGCCCAGCCUCAUCCUGGAGACCCAGGGCAUCCCGUACACCCGCAACGGCAAGAAAGUGGAAAUGGCCGUGAAGCAGAUCAUCGCUGGGAAAACCGUGGAGCACUGCAGAACCUUCUCGAACCCCGAGACCCUGGAUUUGUACCGGGACGUCCCCGAGCUGCAGGACUUCUGAGCCAGGCCAGCUGGCACGUCCCUGAGCCACACAGGUCUGUACUGUCACUUCUUUGCGUUCAAGAAGUUACUCAGAGGGGCUUCCCUGGUGGCGCAGUGGUUAGCAAUCCGCCUGCCAGUGCAGGGGACACGGGUUCGUGCCCCGGUCCGGGAGGAUCCCACAUGCCGCGGAGCAACGAAGCCCGUGCGCCACAACUACUGAAGCCUGCGCUCUAGACCCUGUGCUCUGCGACGAGAGAAGCCACCGCAAUGAGAAGCCCGCUCGCCGCAACUAGAGAAAGCCCGGGUGCAGCAACGAAGACCCAACGCAGCCAAAAAUAAAUAAAUGAAUAAAUAAAUUAAUUAAUAAAAAAAAAAAAAGAAAGAAAUGACUUAGAAACCUACGGCUCUUCGAGAAGGAGUUUGCACCAAGUCCGUAGGCCUGGGGAAGAGCGAUGCUGUGUUCUGCAGUUCCAUCUGGUGGGUCCCUGAGUCUUCCACCCGCCGCAGGGGAACCCUGACCUUCAGGGGCGUGUGUGUGGUCGUCUGGAGAGUGUAUGUCUUUGCACACUCGCAGGGAGGAGCUGGGGUCUCCUGUGCGUGCACCGGCGUGGCCAAUGCCUGGUCCCCAUCCAGGGCCCGCAGGCAUCCUGGUGACGGCUCACCCCAGGGCAGUGACCGGCCUGCAGCCUUGUACUGUGGUUCCAUUUCCCUCUCUUAAGGCCCAGCUCUCUUUCUUCCCUUUGUUUUGGUCUCCUGGCUCUGGCCGCCACCCUUCAGGGCCCAUCUGUCUGCUGUGGCACAUUACCUGUCACGGGGCCCGUCCCAGGGUGACUUUACAGCAUCUCAUGGCAGAUUCUCAGGACCCCGGGCCGACUGCUCUCCUGCUGUCUGUCUGUCACGGGCGGAAUCUGGGCAGCUCCUGGGGGACCCGUGUGUCACACCCAGCCACCGAUGCUCCCCAGCAGAUAGAGUUCCACUUCCCUUUGGAGAAUGAGUGGGUUUCACGUUUUAAUAGGAUCUCUUAAUUUCACGGGCUUUGAGUGGUUUGAAAUUUUUUUAAUGUUAACUAAGUGUAUGGUGUGUGGGUGUUUGAAGGCGUGGGUGAUGUCCACGCCGUGGGGAAUGUCAUUCAGGGAUGCGGACGAGCCCCCAGGCCCCAGGUCCUGCUGAGGCAGCGCCGCUGGGUCUCAGGGGACGUGGCCUCACUGCACAGGGCGCCGGGACCUGCACGUCGCCAGCAGCUGUAUGUACUUUUGAAUGUACUGUUCAGUUCAGCCUCUUAACACACUCCUGUCAUCGUAAUGUUCAUUUUUGUAUUUUUUGAAACCGAGGACAGUGAAAAACUUUCUUGAACCCUUUUUCUCGUGGAUUAUAGAAAAGGGGUAGCACUGAGUUUACUGGAGUUCAUUUAUGACCACAUUUUAAAUGCAGAGUAAAGUCCGGAACAGUGAUUCUAUCCCGGGAUAGUAAAGAGGUUUCCCCUCAGGUGGCAGCUCUGAGAAACUGGUGAUAGGCAGAGUGUCCCAUUCAGAGGGACUCUGAAGCCAAAUCUCAGCUGAAAAAAAAUGCAUCAGGAUUGGCCAGCAAUGUCUGUCAUGGCUAAACGAUGGAUUGUUUCUUGUCAAGUGUGAAUGUCAAGUAUAAACUGGGUAUUGUAAGAGAUUGGAUAGGUCUCUGCCAACUUAAAGGCAGACACACAAUGUUUAAUAAACUAUUUCAAACUUCAUAAAAAAAACGGGGCAGGUGCUA